UCACAAAAGUAAAUAUUUGCUUAAUGUAUUUAACCAAUCAAAACCCUUCAAGAGGGCAGAUAAAAAUUUUAGAGGCUUUAUAAGAGCCUGUCUCAAAUUUCAGUCCUACCAAGCAAAGCAGAUUAAACUGAAAUCAUGAUCCUGUUCCUCUUAUUGUUUGCUUUAGCUCUGGGUUCAGUGUCAACUUCAUCUGAACAGGAAAUAAGGCUGGAGCGUGGCACCUGCCCCAUGUUCUGGUACAGCUUCAAUGGCCGCUGCUACAAGUACGUCGCCACACUCAUGACCUGGAGCAAAGCAGAGCUGCACUGUGUAUCAGAAGGAGCCAACCUGGUGUCUGUCCACAGCUUUGCAGAGCAUGAUUUUGUUAAAUCUCUGAUCAAGAACUUUGACACUGCUGAAGGACGCACAUGGAUCGGACUCAGUGAUAUCCAUAAGGAAGGAGGCUAUAUGUGGUCUGAUGGUUCUGCAGCAAAAUUUUUCUCUUGGGGUCCCGGGGAGCCAAACAACAACGGUGGAGCUGAACAUUGUGUUCAUACUAACUUUGAUCAAGAUAAAAAAUGGAAUGAUGCACAUUGUUCUGACUAUUACCCCUCGGUCUGUGCAAGUCGCACAGCCUUUAUCUAGCCCCUAAUAUAGUUUCCUAGAUCGUAUUCAAUAAGAUUUUAGUAAUAGAGAAUUCAUGUCUACUAUGGAGUGUCUGUAUUAGAGACUAUUUUUUUAAGCUCAUAUAAAUUUAGAAACAUUUUAAAGAUUUUGAGAUGUUUGUUUUUUCGCCAGGUUCACUGUUUUUUGUGGUUUUCUUGUUAGCUCUGAUUAUGUUUUUGUGAUUAUUCAUAGUUUCAUUAAUUCCUUUCUUGUUUGUUUUUGUCAUACUUCAGCUAUUCAAUUAGAAUGAUUGUUUCUACCUGUUUUUUGGUCUGAGCCACAAUAUUAACCUAGCAAUUUUUUCACGCUCUAUGUCAAGUCAAGUUUCCUUUAAUAAACUAUCUCCACCUACCAGGCUGCCUCUGCCUGCACUCACUUUUGGGUCUGCUGCAUAACGGACUUCUCCAUUCUCUCAGAAAAGACCAAACCAUUAAAGGCAGCCACUCUUGAUUUUUUUUAUGGGAACGUCCAAAGUUUAAAUUAAUUGUCUUUUUCAUAAGCACUUUUCCCUUUACCUGAAAUACUCUAAAUUAAAACUAGGUUUGUCUUCUAUAAAUCUGCGGUGAAGAGUGUGAUCAGUAAGAUGCUUCUCCAGAGCCGCUGUAAGACAGGGGAUCCUUCAUGCCAAUAGCUGAUCAAUAAAG